AUGCCGACGAGCUUGAUCAAUGGAACGACGAAGAAAUCGCUCAGAAUCGUUUGGCGACAGCCGGCCUCAACGUUGGACCACCAGUUCAAGUUCACUCCGUCAACCACGCCACCCACGCCGUUGGUCGCACUCGAACGCGCCGUCCUCGAGAAGAACUAUGUCAAGGCCGUCGUGGCAUUCCAAGAUGUUCCUCCGUCGGACCUGAACCGGUUUGCGUACGACUGGGUCAUGCAAGCUCACAUGGCCCUGGGCAACUACACGGAGGUCGUUCGCUUGUUCGAAGAGGCCGAAAGUACUGUUCCGCUGCUGCACAGCCGCAUUCGCUACCACUACAUCCUCGCUUUGAAUCGGCAGUCUCGUUUUGCCGACGCUAUCGACGCUUUCAUUGACUGGCACAUGGGAGAUGUCGCGCCAUUGACUCUUGUCAUCUACAACGCCCUUCUCGUGGCAUGCAGUCACGUCAAGGACUGGAACACCGCCAAAACUAUCAUGGAUGCCAUGACGACGAAGGCGCACAUCACCCCCGACGCGCUCUCGAUCGCGGAAUCGGCCACCGACGCUGGGUUCCCCAUCUCCGUGUCGCUCUUGAGCCACAUCUUGUUGGACGCGGCGGGCCAGCCAACGUCUCCGCCGUCGCAAUCAUCCACGUCGCCGCCAUCGAUUUCGCCUUCCCCCCGCCGUGUGGCCGCCAUCCGCCGCGCCCUUGACCUGUGGGACGCCCACCACCACUACGACGCAUUCACCCCAGCAUGCGAAAAAGCGUACGAGCUGGCCCUUUUGCGGGUAUGGCACGCUGGGUUGCAGUCAGAAGCUGUCCAAGUUGUCGAAGACAUCGUCGCGCUGCCGACGCCGUCCCGAUCGUUCAAGUUCCGCCUCGCCAACAUGCUCCUCACCCAAGCCGCACCCGUGAACGCCGACAUGUCGAUGAAACUCCUCGACUUGAUGCACAUGCACAAACUGGGCAAGUUGUCGGGCAAGGGUCGGUACCGCCUCUUCGCCGGGUGGACGAAAAUGCUCGAUAUCGAAGACAUCGCGGCGCUCUUCUCAGAGUACCAAGACGUGACCCACGGCUGGAACGGGUCCCGGCUGUCGGACUUGUUCAUCUUUGGCUACCGGCACUUUCACGACAAGGGCGGUCGGACUGCGAUGGAAUUCCAGCGCGUGAUGGAACUGUUUACGUUUGCCUUUCGGUCGGGCGAGACGCUCUCGUAUCCUGCGCUGGAGCACGCCGUGCGAUGGCUGUACGAGAUGGGCAAGGCCAAGGAGGCGCUCCAGAUUAUCCAGACGAUUCAGACCAACCCCGACCUUCCCAUCGGUUAUCGAUUGACGGAGCUCGGGAUGUUCAUCGCCAUGCGACUCGGAGACCACGUCACGGUCAUCUCGCUCUUUGAAGACUUGCAGACGCGGUGGCAAUGCGACAAAGGCGCCGAGCUCCACCCAAAGCGCUUUAUGGUCAAAAUGGCGGCCGACGCGUACGGCGACGCGGGAAACGUGAUGAAGCUCCAAGAAAUGCGAUACAUCUUGACCAACAAAGAGUACAAGCAGUGGGAAGGCGACAACGUACCACGUCGGCGGCGGGGCUGGCUAUACGUCUAG